AUGCAAGGAAAGUUUAAUGGUUUGAAGAGUUUGAUUUUGAAAGACAAUCCUUGUGCAUUUUAUGUGCAUUGCUUUGCUCACCAGUUACAGCUAGCACUUGUUGGUACAGUGAGAAUACAUCAGAAGAUAUCAAUGUUUUUUUCACAACUUAAUACCAUUACAAGUGUUGUUGCCGGAUCAUGUAAACGCCAAGACUUGCUUCGUGAUAAACAAACUACUGAAGUGAUUGAAGGUAUUUGUAGUGGUCAGAUUUCCACCGGAAAGGGACUGAAUCAAGAAUCAACUUUAAAGCGUGCUGGGGUUACACGAUGGGGUUCGUAUUAUACUACAUUAUUGAGCUUGAUCAGAUUAUUCAAUCCAGCUAUAAGUGUAUUGGAGCAUAUUGUUGAGCACACGGAUGAUCAUGAUCUUCGAGGUAACGCUGAACUAAUGUUGUCAACCAUGAAUAAAUUUGACUUCAUUUUUCUCUUGCAUCUUAUGAAAAAUAUAAUGGGAAUUAGUGAUGGAUUGUCACGUGCUUUACAAAAAAAGGAUCAAGACAUUGUUAAUGCGAUGAAUCUUGUUAAUGUCACAAAAAACAUGUUAAGAUCUAUGAGAACAGAUGGAUGUGAAUCUUUUUACAAGAGACGAGUUUUACGCAAGUCCGAGGUGUUAACAAAUCUACACCACUACCGCAAUGACAUGUUCAUAGAUAUUUUGGAAAGACAAGUUCAAGAAUUACUUUUCGGUAUGUCAUGUCUUGAUCCUCAAAACUCAUUUUCUGCAUUUGACAAGGAGAGAUUGGUAAAUUUUGCAAAAUUGUAUCCGUUUGAAUUUUCACCGGUUCAUAUUAUGGAACUUGAAUGGGCACUUCCUACCUACUUUCAAGAUGUCACGCAUGAUGAAAGAUUUGUGGAUCUUGAUGGAAUUGCGGAACUUGGUUGGAAAAAUGGUUGA